AUGACCUCGACCGACAACAACCUGUGGUAUUCAAAAUUCCACAAGGUUAUUGAAAAGCCGGGCUCGUUGACCAUCUUGUCAGCCACCGAGAAAGGCCUCUUUUUUGGCAAAGGCCAGGCAUAUGGGGCUCUGGUACAGAAUUUUCCCGAAUCUGUGAGCGUGUUCGCAGAGUCGGUUACCUUGUGUGAGCCCGAAGCCGACGAAGGAAUUACAUUCGGAUCAACUGAAGCGGGCGUGGUGACGCUGAGCACCACCAGGUUGAUUAGUCAGACCAAAUCUCCCUCGGCAGUCGUGAGUGCUCGCGGCAAGAAGGGAGACCCCAAUGAUGCUGGAGGCAAGGAUGGACAAACCGGGACAAACGGCAAGCCUGGCCACACACUCAAUGUCUUUGUGGGCCACGCGCCUUCAGGGCCGCUUGCGGUGGACUUUGAUGCUCGGGGUGGAGACGGAGAAACCACGGAGGCGAUUGGCCAACCUGCUGGAACUGGAGGCAAAGGGGGCAAGGCGACUGUUUUCGUGGUAUCGACGUGGGCGACCAUCUUUCAUAGCCUGCGGGCUACAAUUCAAAUCCUCGGCCCGAAAAUAAUAUUCGACGAAUCGAGUGACUCCGACGCGAGCGAUAAUGGGGAUGAUGAUGAUGACCUGCCCCCCGAUCCUCAAGUAUUUGGGCGCAUCAGUGGCAUCAUUCGAAUGACCUGCCGUCUGUGUGAACAGGAUGACCCGCUUAGCAAGGUAGUUCUCACCACACUGGAGCCUCUGAGCCACCUCAAUAAGAGGAAUACUCGACAGAAAGUCUUCAAAGGUCUCAAGGCGGUUUAUGACAAGCUGAAGCAAGCCCUUACUCGGCAGCGCGUGGAUGUGAGAGACUCGACCACUGCUCCAGGGGGCUCAGGAGGGUCCGGACUCAGAACGAGAGGGCAUCGUGGCACGCGUGGUGAGGAUGGUGAACCAGGUGACGUCCAUUCCAAAGUGGUGCAGAGUGCUACGGUGGCUGGACCGCUGGAAUUUGCACCUUUGCACCCACUACAAUGUCGAAUGCAGCUUGAGAAAGCCGCAACGCUCUUCUAUUUCGGUAACCCGGAUAGUCUCUAUCGGGCUCAGCGGACUCUCGCCUCUCUAGUAGCCAAGAUGGGAGCAGUGUUGGACCUUGACGCUGAUGGUUCCCUGGCCGUCCAGUCGCUGCCUCAAAAGGCCCAAAAGCUCCGAGAGGAACGGCUUCAGGCGCUGGCGACUGUCUACAAAAACCAGCGAGCCCUGCUGGGCAUCCCGCCCGAAAUGAACGACCCCGUGGGUGAGCUUCGCCAGAUCGGCCGCGAUGCAUUUGACAUGCUUUUCCGGUUGAGCCGGACGUCAGUGGACUACUAUGGCUACCAGGAUAACUGGGCACCACGCCAGUCCGUCCACGUGUUUGAAAAGGAAACUAAAUUGUCACUUGAUGCACUUGAAAAGUCUGAGCAGCUCUUCCUCAAUCUAACUAGUCGGUUGGAUAAGGUAGAAACGAGCGAAGAUGUGCGGCUAGAGACUAUCAAGCAAGUGGAAACGGGCAGGAACCACAUCAAAGAUGAGCGAAAGAAUCUUCUCGCUCAACUCGAAGCUCUCAGACUCCGCGUCUUUGGCCAGACGCUCAAGGCAGAACUCCAGCGGAGAGCCGACAAUGUUGCCUACGCACUAGAGGAUCUGAAACGCAAGACUGAGAACAGCUUUAAUGUUCCCUUCACCCGUGUUCUUGAGUCCUUCGGGAAUGUUGCCAAGGAGAUCAAGGUUUCCGGCUUGAUCAUGCCUAGAAAGGAAAAGGUCAAGAUCCCAGCGGAUCCCAAGAACCCCGGCAAUCCCAAGAACCCGAGCGAUCCCAAGAAUCCAGGCGAUCCCAAGAACCCAGGCGAUGCUAAGAAGCCGGAAGAGCCCAAGAAGCCGGAAGAGCCCAAGAAGCCGGAAGAGCCCAAGAAGCCGGAAGAGCCCAAGAAGCCGGAAGAGCCCAAGGAACCAGAAGAUCCAAAGAAACCAGACGGUCCCAAGAAACCAGACGAUCCCAAGAGACCAGCCGAAAAGGAGGUGUUGAAAUUCUUUGACUUCCUUGGACUGACCAAAAAGCUCUACGAAAAGGCUGGUGGGGAGAUAACUGACCUGAUCUAUGAGGGGAUUACCAGUAUCCCGAGCGCUGACGGCAAAAAUAUCGAAAAGAGUUUGAUUGUGCGCCAAAUCCGCAGCGUUGUUGGUGACUUGGAGAAGGUGGGAGAGUCAUCAAGAGCCAAGUGGAAGACGGAUCCCAACACGAAUGCGGUUGAGCUCGACGAGCAGCAAGAUGUGCUGCUGGUCACCAGUAAGGAGCAGAUCGACAAGUUUGUCAAGGACUUUGGGGGUGCCGCAGACAUUGGCAAGCAGGCCGAAAAGGUCCAGGAGGCGCUGAAACACUACGCCGACCUACUCUCAGAUCGCAACCAUGACAAGGUCCAAUACAAUCUAGGCCUGAAAGCGCUCCUCGUAACGAGCGAGGCUGUUAAUGGCCUCCAAACUCGCGAGAGCCAGCUGCAGCGUGAGGGCUUCAAGAAAGAUGACAAGGACCAACUAAGUCAAAUGGCCCACAUGGCCGAUGAGAUCUACUCCUGGAAUCGCAAGCGAGCCAUGAGAUUUAUUUCUAUCUACCGCCGUGCCAUCUAUCUGGCGACCCUGUCCAAGCCCGAAGAAACGGAGACCAGUGGGGCCACAAGUGAUGCUGACCUUAUGCUGCCGGCAGCCAAACUCAACAACAUGUACGAACGUCUGCAUGAUGACAUGGUCGGUCUGCAAGAGAAGGCUGGCUCCGACGCCUCCUAUUAUCCGCAGAAUUUCGACCAGGACCGCGGCAAAUACGUUGAUUUAACGCCAGAGGACCGCGAUGCACUGGUGAAGUAUGGUCAGGUGCGGGUGACUCUACCGGCGCCCCGUCGCGAGCCCGAUGACAGCGACCUACCCGAAUUUCGCGGGUGUGCGGAUGUGCGAGUCCACCGGGUGCGAUUCUGGCUGGACGGCAUCCUCAUCCGACCCGAAGCGGUCGGGAAAACAGAGAUUCCAGUUAAGAUUAGCAUCGCGCACGAAGGCGAUAGUAUCUAUUAUGAUUGCCGAGGCGAGGCUCAUGCCUUUGCGCAUGACCCUGUCCACCCAGCCUGGUCCUACCGACUAUUCCCUACCUCCAAUGGGGAGAGUCAGUUUGGUGGAGUCCAGGAAUCGGGUACCAUUGUGGGUAAGGGGGGCGAGGUCAUGGCCUAUGCGGCCCCAAGUCCAUUCGCAAGUUGGACCAUCUCCCUGAGGUACCUUGACCACAAGUCCUUGGAUGUGUCCCAGGUUAAAAGGGCGCGCUUCGAGUUCUUUGGUACGAGCCGGGACUUUGACCCGUAG